UUCCAAUAAAGAUGUCACUUCUUAUGAUGCCCACAGAUCAAAGAAACUGCAUCCAGCAGUCAAGAAACUCUCUUUCCCUCCUAAGUCCCGUAAAGGCAUGACAGUUUGCAUCGACCAUGGAUGGCAAAAAAGGGGGUUUGACAGUUUAACAGGGCAUACAUUCAUGAUGAGCAAAGAAAAUAAGGUUUUGAAGGCAGUUGUAACACACCGCACUUGUGGAGUAUGCAAAUGGUGGAAGAGAAAUAGACCAGAAGUAAAAGUUCGGGAACAUCGUUGUGUGUGGAAUCACAGAGGAUCUGCCAGGGCCAUGGAGAGUGAAGCAGGCCUGAAAGCCAUCAAGGAUAUGAUCCAAGAAGGUUUUCAGUAAAAAUGGGCUUUCCCCUGGUCACUUCAACAUGAAGUUCUCCAACAAAGUGGAUGAAUACAGGGUGAAACGAAGGGAGAAGAUGAAAUUGCCAGGGACAAAACGCAGACGUCUUAUCCUAAAACAAGAAAGAGCAAUGCAAAUGAAUGCAUCCGAGGCAUCUGAGGGGUCCACCUAUCAAUCAGAGAUUGGUUUAGGUACAGAGGCUGACAUUGAACAGAUUCCGAAUCCCAUUCCCAAGCCAAAUUUUGGUGCUGUCCAAAAGCUGAAGAACAUGGAGGCAAAGUACAUUAUAUUUGAUCUUGAAACUACAGGCUUUAUCAGACAAGGAGCUAUGCCUCAUAUAACUCAAAUUGGCGCAGUGGAGAUAGAGUCUGGAAAUGUGUUUUCAACUUAUGUUCAGCCAAAGAUUCCAAUAGAGCCCGGAACAGAAGAAACAACAGGAAUAGUAUGUGAUGGGACCUCUGUAUUUGCACAUGGAUCCAAAGUUACUGCAGUCCCCAUACGUGAAGCGAUAUUGAACUUCCUCAAGUGGCUAGGUACAUUUGGCAAAUAUGGAAUUAUACUGGUUGCUCACAAUGACCGUGUGUUCGAUUUCCGUGUCCUUUCCCAUGCCAUUGACUGUAUUGGAUUACAGGAAAACUUUCUAGAAAUAGUGUCUGGUUUUACUGAUUCAUUGUCUUUGAUUCGUUCAAAACAUAAGAAACUUGAAAAGUAUUCACAGAUUUUUUUAGCUAAGCACUUCUGUAAUGAGACUUAG